AUGAGUUUAAAUUACAACUUUCUUUUUCUCCGACGCAGCUCUUUCGCCGGAGGUGUCGUCGAGCCCGUUUGCAACCACCACCAGACCAGAGAUCUCCUCAACUCCGCCCGUCGCCGCCGCUCAACGCCGCCGCAGCCGCCUCAAAUGGAAGAAACUGAAGAAAAAAAGAAAACAGAAAAAGGGAUUGCGAUGGACGCAUGCGAGGCGACAAGGAUAGUUAUGUCGAGGGUUCAGAGUUUGGACCCGGAAAACGCUGCCAAGAUCAUGGGCUACAUACUGAUACAGGACGAUGGCGACAAGGAGAUGAUAAGGUUAGCCCUCGGGCACGAAGCCCUCCUCCUGUCCCGCGUCGAACAGCUGAGGGCCCGUUUGGGUCUUCCGCCCGCAAAACCCUCGAGCCCUGUCGCGCCAAACGGGCCAUUCCCCCCGCGGGUGGCGAUACCGAACGUUUCCUACGCCGCCGCGCUGAACGGAGAGGUGAACGGUAACCAACUGUCGUUUGUGGACGAUUCCGUGGUGGAUCCGAUUAUGAGCCCAAGCGGGGGGAGCGAUUCUCUGAUUUUCUCUUACGGUGAGGACUCGCCCUCCCCACAGCCCCACCCGUUCCACAGGAGGAGUUGCUCCGUGAACGAUGCUGUCUUCCUGUCUAAUUUGGAGGAAGGCGGGGGUUUUGGGUGGAGGCCGUGCAUGUAUUUCGCGAGAGGGUUCUGCAAGAACGGCAGUUCCUGCAAGUUCUUGCACGGUGAAAAUGGCGGUGAGGUGGUGGAAGAGGGCUCUCCAAGUUCGGCUGCAUCAGGGUUUGACGAGUUCAUGAGAAUUAAGGCUAUGCAACAGCAUAGGCUUGCAGCCAUGCCUUCCAGGGGCCACCACCAUUCUUUUCCUUACAGCAAGUCUGUCAACAUCCUCAACGACAAUCAGAGGUGUGGUCCUCGGAAUGGUUUGUCACAAAUGGGUUUAGGUGCCGGUUUUAGUUCGUGCUCACGGCAAAUUUACUUGACGUUUCCAGCUGAUAGUACAUUCAAAGAAGAAGAUGUCUCAAGUUACUUUGGCUUGUUUGGGCCGGUGCAAGAUGUUAGGAUUCCCUAUCAACCUAAGCGAAUGUUUGGCUUUGUGACCUUUGUCUACCCAGAGACGGUAAAACUCAUUCUUGCUAAAGGAAACCCGCAUUAUGUGUGUGAUUCUCGCGUGCUCGUGAAACCCUACAAGGAGAAAGGGAAAAUACCAGAAAAGAAACAAUUCCAGCAACAAUAUGACCACUUGGAGAGGGGAGAAUAUUCAACUAGUUUAAGCCCGUCCGGAAUUGAUUCCAGAGAGCUAUUUGAUGUCCCUAUUGGAUCAAGAAUGUUGUUCAAUACACAAGACAUGAUGCUCAGGAGACAGUUGGAGCAGGAGGCAGAAAUACAGCAUGCUCUUGAACUUCAAACCCGAAGGAUGAAUAAUUUGCAGCUAGUGGAAAAUCCACAGCUUAGUCAUGGUUUUCUACCAAGCCUAUUUACGGGUGUCCCAAUAUCCUCCCCCAGACAACAGCAAUUGCUUAUGAGUCAAAAUUUCCUUGAUGCAACUACUCAAGAUGGUUUGCAAGAGCUUGAUGGUGGCUUAGUAGCAUCAAAAUCUCCAGCUUUUGCAGAUGAUGAUGACAAGUUGGGUGCUGAAGAAACUGAAUCAUCCAUUAUCACCUACAUUCUUAAUAGCAAGAAGCACCAGCAUGUGAAUGAUGAUGACUCUUAUCCACCUGAAAGUUUGGAGCAUAUUCUACCCGAGAACCUUUUAUCGUCUCCUAAAAAAUCAGCCACAGAGCAACAAUCUGCUUUCUCAGUUGCUGCCAGUAACAAUAUAACCGUGACAAAUAAAUUACCUAACAGCUCUCCCCACAGAAUGGCUUCUCUGUUUUACUCUGAAACUGCAAGCCAUUGA